GACUGUGAUUAUUUUAGAGAGAGAGAGAGAGGCUGUCCAGCAACAUUUGUCUCUCUCCUCUCUCGGACGUGUCGAGCUUAGACGCUGCUACUGCCUCCGUAGUGGGGUUUGAACCAACAGUGAAAACCCAUCAAGGGUUCAAACUAUCCUCACUCACCCUCUCUCUCUCUCUCUCGGUAUCUGAUGUAUUUGGGUUCUCUGUUGAAGCUUCAAGUGAACUGGAAUAUGGAUUAUACGAAGAUUGAUGUUAAUGGCAGGGAUUGUAUCGAGAAGGAAGCUGAUUCAUCAGUGACUGGUCAUUCAGGAAACACUAAUUCUUCUGAUGAAAGGGUUAGACACCGGUUAAGGGAUGGGGGUAAGGUGGUCAUUGGUAAUGGGCACAGGAGAAGUUUGGCCUCGAGCCCUCCAAAUGAAAAAACUAAAUCCCACAAUGAAUGUACAGUAUCUGCAUUGAGUAGUUCUUCUUCCAAGAAUGCUCAUUUGUUUAGCGGAACGGUGGCACACAAGACCGUCAGAUAUAAUGACAAAGAUCGUUUUCAUUCUCAACAUAAUGGGAAAGGAAAGGCUUUGUGUAUUUCCCAGUCAUCUGCCUGCCAAGAGGAUCGUCCUGUUGUAGAUUUGAUGCAACAGAAGAGGCAUGCUCAAGAAUUCGAGCAGGUUUUCCCACGUGGAGCAUUAAGAAAUUCUCAAGUGGAAGAAACUAGGAAGGUAUUAAUAUCUACUAAUAGAUUUUCUUCUUUAAAUGGCAUGGGAUGUCCUUCAACGGCAUCAGGCAGUGAUCGAAAAGGUAAAGGUGAAGAAAAAGUAGUGGAUGCUUGUAAAGGUGAUUCAGGUUUUGCUCGUGGUAAAGGAAUUAAUUUUGUCAGUGAUUCUCAACCUAAUGCUGGAAAGUUAAUGUCUGCAUCUAUAAAUUCUAUUAGCUCACAUAGAGUUACAGGUCGAAAAAGAUCGGUGAGAAGCGGAUGUGAAUCUCCACAUGACAUAGUGAAGGCCAAACAGAUAGCUGAGAAGCGAAAUAAUUGUCGUAUUGAUCUUGAACAUAAUGAUUCCUGGAUUGUGGCGUCCAAUUGUCCUCAUAGAGUGAAAGGGAAAGGGGUUAUGGAUCAUCAUUUUUUAGCAAAAGAACCGCGUACUAAAACUACGCAUUUGUCUACCAGGGAUAAUGAAAAGGCCAACAGGAUCAGUGAUGUCACUAGAGAUGCAUUCGGAUGCUUUGAUGGAUUGGGUGGAUGGAGAAGUAUGCAUAACCGUAUGAAGAAAACAACUCUACCCUUGUCUGACGAGGAUUGGCGUCUUUCCAGGAGAAAGGAUGACUAUAGUUUUGUUCAUCAACAUCACAAGAAAAGGGUGUUGAGAAAAAAUGAUGGAGAUGGAGUUAGUAACAACACUGUUAAUGAUUCUGCCAAAGACUGGGAUCAGGACUUGUUUCAGCAUAAAUCUGCCUCACCUGUAGCUGAAACAAUAUCUCAUAUUAUGUCUCAGUUGGAUGAAUUUGAUGCACAGUGUCAUGCUGCAAUCUCACUUAUGGAAAAGAAGAAACCAAGCUCCACUUCAAGCAAUCAUGUCCAAUGCUCUACAUCAGGUUCGGCCAAUCAACCCCAUGAAAACAGUUUGUUGAGAAAAAAUAAUGAGGAUGGAAUUUGUAACAGAAUUGGUCAUGAUUCUCCCAAAGACUGGGAUGCAGCCUGUCAGCAUGGGUCUACUGCAACUGUUGCUCAAACAGCAUCGCGUAUUAUGUCUUAUUUGGACCAAUUUGAUGAGUGUUGUGAUGCGGCAAUCUCACUUAUGGAAAGAAAUAAGGCAGGCUCCACUUCCGGUAAUCGCGGUGAAUCCUCUAGAGCAGGUUUUGAUGAUCCUCAAAUCACUUAUCUCGGCGCAAAUAUAAUUCAGAAUCAUCAGCGUUUGGGCAUUUCAGAUCCAGUUGGAAUAAGAAACAUUGCCUCUCGAAGUAUAGGUUGCAGUAGAAAUGAUGACUCAGAUGGCAGGGCAAGACAGGUAGAAUCGGAUGAGAUGUUGGCUCGUGAACUCCAAGAACAAUUUUAUUAUGAGGUGCCAGAAUUUGCAGAGAUUAAUGUGCACAUAGAAUUGGGAUUGCAGUUGCAGGAAGAUUCAUGGCAUGCUUUUUAUAGUGGAAGCCGUCAUGUAUCUCACCGUUUGCAGGGUAUUAAUAUUGUGGAUGCGCUAGAGGCAUUUACUAGCAGAGUGGCUGAUAACUUGCUUCCAGUUCAGCGUGUUUCCAAUCAACAUUAUGAAACGUUAUUGGCUCUAGAUGAGAACAACAGAUAUGUUGGUGCAUCUAUUGAUCAGAUUAAUGAAUUGCCACAGACAACAGUUCAGACUGAUGGUUUCGAAGAACCUUGUGCAAUUUGUCUUGAAACCCCAACCACUGGAGAUAUUAUACGCCAUCUACCUUGCUUACAUAAAUUUCACAAAGAUUGCAUUGAUCCAUGGCUCGGAAUAAGAACAUCAUGCCCUGUUUGCAAGUCUUCCAUCAUUUGAUUUGCAGUAGGGGUUCUUAUGCUUCAUGUCAUGAUGUUUUUGCUUCAACUGAAACCAAAACCUUGAAGCUAUAUUAUUCAAGGUGCUAAGGUAAUCAUAGAUGCAACUUUUACUGACUUGAAACUUUUGGUAAUUUCAGAUCUGUGUAUACUGAUGGAGUGACUAGUUUGAUUUUUGUCUGUAUGAUCUCUGAGGAGAGGGAAAAAUAAUCUUUAGUGUAUAUAUGUUAUUGCCCUGAAAGUUGUUUUGUC